AUGCCGAAAAAACUGAAAGUAGUAGUAAAAUCGCUAUAUUCGCACGAAAUCCGUAAAGAUGUUAGCUUGGAAAAUUUAAAGUCUCUCAAAUUAGAGGAUGCUUGGCCGUUUAUCAGAGACGAAAUUGAGAUUGAAAUCGGCAGCAGUCAGUUGGUGUGUAUUCCUCAUAUUACCGAAGCGGAUUUGUAUAAAGUUACAUCCCUAUUCGUUCCAAAUGAGAAGGAAACAAACGGUAAAAUGUUCACGCCACUCGGCGAAUUGGUGAAGAACAUAAACAAGGAGAAAUCAACCUCCGAACAUGUGCAAUGGCUUGAAGAAGGUGACUUUCAAGAACGUGAUUUCAAGUUUCCCCAUGAAAGCGUAAAGAUUACAUUGCAAGAUGAAGCCAUCAAAAACAAAGUCAGGGUCAUCAUGGUGAACUUCACAAGGACCAGAGUACCCAGGGACAAGGAUCUCGUCAACAACAUCUAUUUGGACGUUGAAAAUAACAAAGAUUUGCAAGGCAAAAAGUCUGUGUACAUGAUCACUGAUGUGCUCAUGGCGAAGACCAUUGAAUUCAGAGUAACAAGAGGGACGUCAUCUAGGAUAUUCCACCUCGGAACUGCUUCACCCCUCGUAUUUGGACUGGAAGAGUUCCUUAUUGGAGAUGAUGGAAAAUUAAUUGCUAAGGAACCUGUGACGAUCCAGUCUAAGUCUCUUCACUGGAAGAAAAUCAGCCCUUCAGACCAUCUGUUCAUCCCACCACGGGACACUGCCUGCAAAGUAUAA